ACCUGGUUGAGCUCCCAUUCGUCCAAAAAUUACUAAUAAGUUGUGCGCGGUUUAGUAGAGCGCCUGGACGAUCGGCGACAGCCUACGGUGGUAUUGAAUGCCGCCUUCUCUCCUCGACGUACUUUAUGUUGCCUCUUCGGCCGCCCGUAUUGCUUCAAGGAGCGCGACAAUUCAGACUGCCCAAUGGGCUCACAGGUCAAGACUUCCGGAGUAUCGCAGUCGGCAACAAUCUCAGAAUCCCACAUCCAAUUCAAACCCUGCUCUGCAGGUUAACCUCCUCGAACAACAGCGUAAAGCGGCGGCUUCUCUGAACGAUAUCCAAUCCUAUGUGCACCCCGAUCAACCUGGCGAUUUUAGUCAAGUCGCUGAAGCAGCCCUCGAAUCAGGUUGUCCUGCCGUGGAGGAAACACCUCUUUUUGACGGAGGGAACGCCGGACACGAAACCUAUAAUGGAUCUGCCAAAGGUGCACCAAUGUGUCUGUCUUCCUCUUCUGAAGAAAAUGUGGUGCCCGCGCCGGGUAGCCCACCAUCCAAACCCGUAUUACCGUCGCAAAGAGUGGAAGGAUCCACAUUGCUUGACGAGCCCACGGUCACCUUGAAACCGUCACGAGUACCCUCUUCUCGGCUAGCACGUUUGCUCCAUUAUGGCGGAUUGGCUGCGGGCCUUGGUGUAGGCGCAGCGUCCGAAUUUCUACGUAGACGAAAUCGUCAGGACACCUCGACGCCAAUCUUCCUCAGCGAAACUAACGUUGCACGAUUGGUCGAUAAACUGGGGAAGAUGAGAGGUGCAGCCCUCAAGCUCGGCCAAUUUCUCAGUAUACAAGAUGCUCACGUGCUUCCUCCUCAAUUAGAAGCAAUUUUUCAACAACUUCAAAAUAAGGCUAAUUAUAUGCCGGAUUCUCAAAUGCAGCAAGUGAUGAAUGCCGAGUUGGGCACCAAUUGGAGGUUAAUAUUCGAAGACUUCGACGCGAUCCCUAUUGCCUCGGCUUCUAUAGGACAGGUGCACCGUGCGCGUCUUGCAGACACUGGCAUGGAAGUUGCGGUCAAAAUCCAAUUCCCAAAUGUUGCCGAGUCAAUCGUUUCGGAUCUAUCAAAUUUAUCACUGCUCUUGACCACAUCCUCUCUGCUUCCUCCCGGCCUCUUUCUGCAGAACACGAUCACAGCAAUGCAGCAGGAGCUGGCGGAUGAGUGCGAUUACGAACGUGAAGCUCGUUACAUGCAGAAUUUCGCCCACAAGCUGCACGGGGACGAGAUGUUCAAUGUUCCCCGCGUGGUGUCCGAGUACACAACAAAGCGGGUGCUGGUAAUGGAAUGGAUGCACGGCGUGCCCCUCACGAGAGCAAUUCAUUUCGACCAAAAUGUCAAGAACGAGAUCGCUAGUGCGGUCCUCCGCCUAUGCCUGAGAGAACUUUUCGAGCUCUCGAUGAUGCAGACGGACCCUAAUUGGACCAAUUUUCUGUGGAAUCCCACAACCCACCAAAUUGAACUCAUCGAUUUUGGUGCUACUCGCGAAUACUCCCAGUUAUUCAUUAAGCAGUGGCUGCGAUUACUCCGUGCAGCAAUCAACUCUGAAAAAGAACAAUGCCUGCAGGCCUCCAGAGCGGUUGGCUACCUCACUGGAGAAGAGAACGAAGAAAUGGUCUCGGCGCAUCUGGAAGCCAUGUUUCUUCUUGCCCAGCCAUUCAGGGAAUCCUCCGAUCAACCAUAUCAGUUUAAAGACCAGACGAUCACCACACAAAUCAAAGCACUCAUACCAAUUAUGCUCCGUCAUCGACUAACACCGCCGCCACGGGAGACGUAUAGCUUGAAUAGGAUGCUUUCGGGUGCUUUCUUGCUUUGCGCACGACUAGAUGCUGAAGUGUAUUGCAGCCAAAUAUGGCACGAGACAACAGAUUGUUAUGAGGAUAAUUAUAGCAAUUGAGUGUAAUAUGAAUCGGACAUUGCUAUGUCAAAGUAAUGCGAUAUCUGUCACAUCACCCACUUUUUAUCUUGUCUUGUCUUUUUGACUGUAGAUACGAUCGGUAAAUGGCCCUUCGAAGCGCAAUGCAAUCAUGUACACGCCCCAUACAAACGUGGAAAGCAAGAUCCCAGCAGGUCGAGCAUACCAGAACGCGCCGCCAAAGAAACACAUGGUACUUCCGAUGUACAUUGGAUCACGAACCACAUUGAACGGGAAGCAUUCCACCCGUUCUUUCAUCAAAAUUCCGAAGUAAUCUCCGAGAUAGGUGCCAGUGAUGCCAAGUGCAUACGUAGACGUCAGCACAAGGGCUUGACCUCCAAUGAAAAAGGAUAUUGCCAGGAACUGGAAAAUGGGAGCGGUCAAAAUGUCCAUUUGCGGCUGAUCUCGAAGUGCUUCCGUAUAGAAUGCAUCACGUAUUAUUCCCAGGACAAAAAUAACUGUAGCCAAUGCAUAGCAGCCGUGAAGACGAUUUCCCCUGAAUAGGUUUGUGAUGGUACGGUGGUGGUAUUCAUUCCGAGCGACGAUGUUCCAAAAUGCAGGGUUGAAAGCUAUCGCCAUUAUUGCGAUAUAUAACGAACUCUUGUUAAAAUCAAU